UGAACUCUAUGCUGAAAGAUUGGUAAGAGGACAAGAGAGAGAAAGAAAAAGGACCAAACUUUCUCUCACUACCUAACCGUUGAGGCCUCAGAGAGACACCCAUUGAUAGAUAGAGAGGGAUACAGAGACACACCCACAACAAGACGAGGAAAAGAUGUCAACAGCUUCAUUGUGUUCAUCAAUCCAAUCCCAGAUCAGUGGGUUUGGUGGGGGUCUUAAGAUUCAAAAGUCAUCUCUCUCUCAACCCAGUUCGCUCACCUUGACAAGGAGAAAGUAUAGAACUGUGGUGAAGGCUACAGCUCGGGUUGAUAAAUUUUCGAAAAGUGAUGUCAUUGUUUCUCCAUCUAUUCUCUCCGCUAACUUUGCAAAGUUGGGAGAGCAGGUAAAAGCAGUGGAGUUGGCUGGUUGUGAUUGGAUUCAUGUUGAUGUAAUGGAUGGUCGUUUUGUUCCAAAUAUUACAAUUGGACCUCUUGUAGUCGAUGCCUUGCGCCCUGUGACAGAUCUUCCUUUGGAUGUGCACUUGAUGAUUGUGGAACCCGAACAGCGAGUGCCAGAUUUUAUCAAGGCAGGAGCUGACAUAGUCAGUGUUCACUGCGAACAAGCUUCCACCAUCCAUCUGCAUCGUACGGUUAAUCAAGUAAAAAGUUUGGGAGCCAAAGCUGGAGUUGUCCUAAACCCUGGUACCCCACUAACUGCAAUAGAAUAUGUCCUUGAUGUGGUUGAUCUGGUUUUGAUCAUGUCUGUAAACCCUGGGUUUGGUGGGCAGAGCUUUAUUGAGAGCCAAGUGAAGAAAAUCUCAGACUUGAGAAGAUUAUGUGUUGAGAAGGGAGUGAACCCAUGGAUCGAAGUGGAUGGUGGAGUUACUCCAAAAAAUGCGUAUAAGGUUAUUGAGGCUGGAGCUAAUGCUCUAGUUGCUGGUUCUGCCGUCUUUGGAGCCAAAGAUUAUGCUGAAGCUAUAAGAGGAAUCAAAACCAGCAAAAGGCCUGUAGCUGUUGCAGUGUGAAAUGACCUCGAAAAGAUCAUGUCCCAUGUAACUUGCGGACUGUAUUCUUCAUUUCCAUACAAUACAAACGUUUGAAUAAGCGGCGUACUGCUCGCUUCCAGUUUCCGGAUGUGCCGGACUUCCUGCAAAUUCCCUGUCAUCAGUGAUAAAUUAGUAAGAGAGCAAAUGUGCGGUAUGAGUACCGCCUAUGGGGCUUUGUUUGUAUGCAAUAAUUGAAACUUACAGCCCUUUACUCUAGAACAAAGCAAUAGCUCUACUAACUUCGAUUUCAGUAAUGCAAUUUUCUUGUCUA